UGUUUCACGCGUCUUUAAAUACAGGCCUUACCCUCACCUUUAUUUUCUCAACCGCAAUUGGUCUUCCUUUUUUUUAUUCUUCUCUCUCUGUGUUUUCGAUUAGCAGCAAUACGAAUCGUGAAAAAACGAAAUCAGGGCUCACUUCUUCGUCCCUCGCUUCGAUUUUUUUGUUUGAUUUCGCGCCACAAAAGGUUCCUUAGGCAGAUUCUGAAACCUAGGUUCGAUUAGUUCCUGUCCGUGUCCGUGUCCGUGUCCGUGUCCGUUUUUCUGUUUGACCGAUUCGAUCUGAGAAAAGGAAUAAUCAAAGCGAUGCCGCGAUUUUACACAUCUCCACCGCCUGUGUAUGCGAGGAACUGGGCGAACGGUCAGAACUUGGUCGAAUCGACUAAGAUCGAAAGGCAAAUAGCACCUUCUAUAAAGGUGCACCGGAAAGAGAAGAAGGAGAAAAAGAGAGAAAAGAAACUUAAGAAUGAGAAAUCCAAACAGCAAUAUUUCCCGAGUACUAAGCAAGUCUCAGACGAAUCUGAACAACAUGAGAAGAGUUGUUUGACAGAAGAACAUCACCUUGUUGGGUAUUUGUCUGAUGGUAGUCAGAACAGUAAGAAGAGAAGAAGGGAAGCUUCUCCUGUUGUUGACAGUAAUAUCAAAGCUACGCCUGUAGCUGGUAAUCCACUACGGAUACGUUUUGUCUUCAAGAAACCAAAAGAAGCUGAGGUUGCUGUGCCUCAAGAGGAUCGUGUUUGCUCCACUUCAGGCACUGAUCGACCCAGUGAAAUAACAAGUUCUGUCCCAGUUCUUGAUGAGAAUCUGCUUUCAGCUCCACUUGAGAAUGGAAAGACUGCAAUUCCUUCUGAAUCAAAUAAGAGAAAGAAACGUAGGACAAGCAAAGAAUCCCGGUACAAUUCAUUGUUUGAUGAAUGUGUACUUCCCUCCAUUUCGAUGGAGGAAGAAAAUGGCCACAACGAUGAUUGGCUUUUCUGUGCCAGAGCGCAAGAGAAUGCUCCUACCAAGUCUAGUGAAGACAUGGUCACGAAUUUGCAGAAGUCGGGAGAAUCCUCCUUGCCUAGAGCUCAAUUUUUGCCUGAAGCGGGAAUUUUUUCAUUACCAUAUGCAGUCCUGUUUUAGGUCCCCAUAUUGUUUUGUUCUUUCUCAGCUUAGCCAUAGGCCUUAGUUUUGUACAGUAACACUGAUUGUAACAAUCACAAAGAUCAAUAAUACUUGAAUGAUCUCUGUAUUUUUUACA